AUGACCGAUGAAGACUCCGAGAGCAACCUCACCGACUCCCAGACCGGGGACGAGAACGAGUUGCCGGUUAUCCAGCUGUGCGGGCUGGUGGAGCAGCUCAGCUAUGGAAACUCCGUUCUCAGAAUUGAGACAGAGAUGUUUGAGAAAUAUUACUAUAAACUGGAGCCUGGGGCUCAUCGACAUCCACGAUUAUCCGAUAUUAAAGUAUCAUCCUCUGAAUUUUCACAGGCUAUUAUUGAGGAAGCUGAAAUCCGAGGGGCUGAAGUUCAGAAAGCAGUGUACGAUUUUGAAAAAGAUAUUCUGGAAACCAUAUCCAAGAAGAAAGGGAGUAUUUUGGCCACUCAGAAAGUGAUGAAAUAUAUUGAGGACAUGAACCGCCGGAGGGAUAAUAUGAGAGAUAAAUUAUGUUUGAAAAAUGUUUCUCUCAAAGUCCAGAGGAAAAAAAUGCUUUCGCAACUGAGGCAGAAGGAAGAGGUGGGCGAGGCCCUCCACGAUGUGGAUUUUCAGCAGCUGAAGAUUGAGAAUGCUCAGUUUUUAGAGACGAUCGAAGCAAGGAAUCAAGAACUGAUCCAGCUAAAGCUAGCAUCUGGAAACACUCUGCAGAUCCUCAACACAUACAAAAGCAGGCUUCACCGGGGAUUGGAAAUGUCCAUCAGUCUGGACAAGGAGAUGGUGCUGAGAAAUGAGUUACUUGAAAAAGUUGAAAGAGAAACUGUACAAGCAGAGGAGGACCGGGCCAAAGCUGAGUUUUUGAACAAGAAGUUACGGAAGCAGCUGGCCGAGUUCCGAGCACCACCGGUGAUGGCAUAUGUCCGGGAGAAGAUCAUAAAUACAGAGCUGGAGAAGAGCAUCAAGACGUGGGAAAGGAAAGUUGAGAUCGCAGAGAUGUCCUUGAAAGGCUACCGAAAGGCUUGGAAUAGAAUGAAAACCACUUGUGAGCAGUUGCAGGCAACCGGCCCCCCUGGGAAAUAA